AUGGAUACCCUUGAACAAUAUGUUCUUGAACCAACUGAAGAAUUUAUUUCUGAUAGUAAGAGAUUUAUCACUAAAUGUAAUAAACCAGAUAGAAAGGAAUACACAAAAACAAUUUAUGCUGUUUUAAUUGGGUUUGCAAUCCUUGGUUUUUGUGGUUACAUCAUUAAAUUGAUCCAUAUCCCAAUUAUCGAAAUUUUAAUGUCCUCUUAA